UGUAAAUCAAUUAUUUACUUACAUAAUAAUCAAAUUAAAACGAAAAUGGAAGUAUUUAUGAUUGCUCCACUAAAUAAUAGCAAGUUAGCAAACUGAAAGUUUCAAUGUCACGAAAUUCUCAUUACAUUUCCGGUGCUGGUAGUAAAAAAGGUACCAGCACCAAUGUGUCCUGUUCGUGUUCAUGCUCAACAUCAGGUUCACAAUCAGGCAAAAGUUGUUCGUAUUGUUCAUCGGUAACUCAAAGUAAAGGGAAAUCUUCGGCGUCAACAUCUUAUACGACGACAACCGAUUUUGAAGAAGGAAUUGAAUCUACUAUUGGUUCGAAAAUAUUUCAUGCCGUUGACGACAUGGUAGAUGUGGCAUUGUCUCAGGCAAAUCAACUUGAUACUCAAUAUGUUUCCGGGUCAGGAACAGCAAGCUCUUCAUUUCAGUCUAAACAGCAAUCAUUGAACACGACAUAUGUCUCUGGAUCGAGUGCGAUAUCGAAUCAACAUUCAUCGUUAGUGAAAAAUGGCCAAAGUGGCCGCAAUUUCAGUCAACUAAGACUACAAUCAACAUCAAGUAAUCAAGGUUUACCAAGUAUAUUCGGUCAUUCGUCUGCUAAAAAAUCUUCAAUUAACACUACCUAUAUUUCUGGUUCGAGUGCAGUAAAAUCCACUAAUCCAGCUUCAAAAGUUCAAUCGAGAACAGCAUCAUGUAGUGGCUUUAAAUCAAGUAAUAAAUCAACAACGCCCACCACAUCCGGUAUGAACGAGAACAAAAACAGAAUGCAUACAACAACUAGUCGAAGAUCAUUUCACAAAUAAAACCGGUCAAACUUUAUUUUAAAA